AUGAAAUCGUAUCCAAACAUGCAGUCUUCCCGAGAUCUGAUGUCGUCAAAAAUUGAAGGCGAUACAGAAACAACCACUUCGGUCUCGCCAAUCAAAAACCAAAAUGAGUACCAAUUUGAGCCAGCUAGUAUACUGGCUUCUGAUAGGCUGUCAUCUUAUGAAUCAAAGCGAACCCUUGAUUCGUAUAGUAACGAUAAUGUGCAUCCGCUAUUGAAUUCCGUACAAAAUCAGCACAAGCAUCGAAAGUAUAAUUCAAACGAGGAGCUACAAAGUUCUGAGGUAAAAUACAAUCUUGAAUCAUCCGACCAUCCAGAAGUAUUAGAGAAUUACCCACAGCUGCUUGAUGCUCAAAAUUGUGGUCCAAGUGAAACUACUAAUCCAAUGGGCUCAUUCGAAGUCUUUUUUAAUUCAGAUUCAAGUAGAAAUGAAUUGGUUGUGAAAAAUCUAAUAAUAAGCUCAGAUUAUUUCUUGAAUAAGGCACAUGAAAUAGUCCUUGAUACAAACGCCGUUAAUGGAUCCAAGACAUACUUCAAAAUGAUAAAACUUUCCAUAAAAUCCUUAUUGUUAUUGAUCAAAAAGUACAGUAAAUGUUUGAACCCUUAUUUGGAGCUGAUAAUAUAUUUCAAAUUAGCCAAAAUUUAUUUCACUGAAACUGAAAAUUUAAACCGUGCAGAUGAUUAUGUCAAUAAGGCCAUUUCGAUUGCAACUCGAAAUAAUCUAAUCAAAGUUAAAUUCAUAUGUGAAUUUUUGGCGGCACAAAUACUAGAAAAAUCAAACCCUAGAUUAUGCCUAAACUAUAUUAAUGAGAGAAUUGCCAAUCUCCGAAUGAUUGGUCUUCAUAGUCUUAGCAGCCUUUUUGCUUUGCUUAAAAUAAAUAAUUUGCUAUCCCAAGAUCCGAAUACAGGUUUUAUUGUAUUACAGUCAUUAUGUCAGGAUCUUCAAAUCGACGAUACUACAAGAUCAUUGUGCUUCAUAUAUCAGGCUAAUUUGCAUCUUUAUAGAGGAUCACCAAAUUAUUCAUUAGAGCUAUUGAAUCAGGCGGAAAAAUUGAUGCAUGGGCAUGAAGGGAAUUAUCCUAUUCAACUUCAAGCCAUUUUAUUGUUACUGAAAUAUUCCGUAUACAUUCAGAUUGAUGAUAAAUCAGGAAGCAAACAUAUAAUGCAAAGUAUUAGUGAUUUCAUAUUAUCAGAGCAACUGAAACAUUGGAAUAGUUGGAAGGAAGAUGGUACCUUCAAAAUGAAUAUUGCUAUCCCGUCAAAUAAUGACAUAAAUGAUGUAUUGCCUUAUCAAGUAACGUGGUUGAAUUCUGAUGAGUUUGUCAUAAUGUUUUAUUUCCUAACUGGCGUUCACUUUUUGCCUGAAAUAUAUAUCAAAAAGUAUAAAUCAAAGAAGGUUUUUCAAAAAUGCUUACAAAUAUUAGAUAACCAAUUGCAAGAACUAAAAGGAAUGAGGACUAGUGAAAGGUGCUUCCCUUUGAAUCAGUUGACUAAGAAGAUAAUAAGACUCAAUUUUAUAAAGUACUAUAUUAAUUAUUAUCAAGUUUGGAUGAAUUUCUUAGACAAAAAUUUUACUGGCAUUGAGCCAUUAAAUGAUUUUCUAGAAAGCUGUAAUACAAAUAAAUUCAGCAAUGAAGAAUUAUGUUACUAUAAAUUGUUGAUUCCAAAAAUUUUGUAUUUAUUUGGAAUAUUUUUUCAAUACAAAGGAGAUCUAAAGGCUGCGAAAUACUAUUAUAUGAGAGUACGAAAUUUUACACUGUAUGAACAAGAUCCAAGUAAAGCAAUAGAAAGUGUUUCCAUUCUCCAAUCUUCUCUAGGGUUUGGUGGUGAAAUCUUCCAAUCAAAAGAAGAAUUUAACGAACUAUAUAUUUAUUCUACAUUACAUCUUGUGAUGAUUGCAGAAUUUGAAGUUUAUCGAAUUUCCAAUCUGGCUCAUAACAACACCCAAUUUACUAAUGAUAGAGAUGACUCUUACAGAUUUCGUUCUGUUUUGUAUCAAGACUUGGCCAAGGUAUUCGCUCAAAAGAAUAAGAAGACUUCAAAUAGCUUCAAUAUGAAUCUAGCCGGAUCAAGUCAAACUCUUACUAUAACCUAUAAUCUACUCCUAAGUCUUUACGAUACUAAUUGUUCAGAGAAUGAUAGAAUUAAUUCCAAAUCUUCUGAUCAUUCUCAUGAAAUCUUAUCCGAUGCAGUGAAAGAUUCUAGCAUUAUAAAUUCAUUCCCAUAUUUAACUUCAUUACUUCAUUAUGUUACCUAUUUACUGUCCUCAAAUGUUUCGGAUAAAGAUCAGGCCUUAGAAAAGUGUUUAUCCCUAGCAUCGACAGAAAAUUGCUCAGAUAAUGAGAGAAUUGUCAAUCUUUUCAUACUAAAAGAUUAUUGCUUACAAUUGCAUGAUAAAGGUGACCAUGAUAAAGGCUCUUUUAUAGAGACCCAAAUGCGAUACAUGCAUGAUUUACUAAGAAGCAAGUUUCGAUUUUUAAGUCUUGAUAAUAAAGAUAGCCUGAUCAAUUAG